AUGGGUUCGGUGUCAUCUACUUGCUGCGGACGUCAGCAACGACCAAAAUUGAUCACUAUUAUCCAUGAUGGAUCAGCUCAAACAAGAUAUCCGCUGACAAGCUGCUUGAAGAAUUCAUUUUAUCAUCCGCAGCAUACAAACAGAAACUCUAUGACACGCUUCCGUUCCGCUGAUGCGAACCAUCUAUCCUUCGCAAUACAUCCAGUCAAUACGCCACAAAUAAUUCAUCACAUCGAACAAGUUCGUGUCGGUCAACCAGUUUCCAUGAAUAUUCGACACGUCGUUUUCGAUGUAUCUGAAGACUCAUCUCCGACGACAGAUCCUACCUGCACAAAAAACAAUCUCCUCGAAUCUAUCCCUAGAAUCUGCGAUAAAUAUCCCAAUCUACUCAGCAGCAAUCCUCGUCAAGCGAUUCGCAAAACACUUCACACGAAUUUUCAAAUAUGA